AUGGCAGCACCCGGGGACGCUGUCUAUUGCACCCUCCUCACAUCCGAUCAGUAUCUUCCCGGUGCCGUUGUGCUCGCUCACUCGCUACGCGAUAAUGGGACACGGGCGAAAAUUGUCGCUCUUUUUACACCGGAGACAUUGAAAGAGUCCACCGUUAGAGAACUUCGGACCGUGUACGACGAAAUAAUCCCCGUGCAGCUUCAUUCAAAUGGCACCCCGGCCAAUCUCCUUCUGAUGGAUCGGCUCGAUCUCAUCUCCACGUUUACAAAAAUCGAGCUCUGGCGGCAGACGCAAUACUCUAGGAUCGUCUAUAUGGAUGCUGAUGUCCUUGCAUUAAGAGCGCCCGAUGAAUUGCUAUCGCUGGAAGAAGACUUUGCCGCAGCGCCUGAUAUUGGCUGGCCCGAUAUUUUCAACAGCGGGGUCAUGGUCCUUCGUCCUAAUCUACAGGACUACUACGCACUCCGCGCGCUUGCAGAGCGUGGUACCAGUUUCGACGGCGGGGACCAAGGUCUACUCAAUACGUAUUUCAAGAGAUGGCACAGACUGAGCUUCACUUACAACUGCACACCCAGCGGGAAUUAUCAGUACAUGCCGGCUUACAGGCACUUUGAAAGCACCAUCAGUCUCAUCCACUUCAUUGGACCACAGAAACCAUGGACACAGUCACGACAUGCUUUUACUUCAGGUACACCAUACUAUCAACUGCUAGGACGAUGGUGGGCCCAAUAUGAUCGGCAUUAUCGACCCCUUCCCACAUCUUUACCUCCAGCACCUGCUCGUGUUUCCUUUCAGUCUCAAUCAUCAUAUAAUGCCAGCUCUGCACCCAGAGGUGCUUCUUCCUACACUUCAAGUUGGGAGGAAAGUCCAUUUCCAGCCCAAGGCGGUGAUACGGCACAUCAGCAUGAAUAUCAUCACCACGCGCCUUCUACUUAUCACGAAAGACCCGCACAAAUUGCCGAAGACUUGCAUGUUUUACGGCACUCGCCAAUUUCUGAUGGAUUUGUUGAUACUACCCCGGCAUUUACUCCUGCUCCCGCUCUCGCUCACCCCCAGCCCAUACACCCCCCAUCCAUAACCCGUGAUCUCCGAGGCCACCAAGCACCAGUUGAAGCAGCGGCAGAAGUCAGAAGCGUGGUUCCACUCUACGUCCACGGCGAAGAACAAUCGUCGGUUUACGUUACGGUACCCAGCGGGGGAAUUGACAAUUUCACCGAGCUGAAAGCUCAAUACAUAACCCAGAAAGCAUUUGAACCGUAUCAUCAACACCAAACAUCGAUCGAGACUACCCCAAUUACACAACCUAAGGCACCGUCACCACCUCCGCCGCCGCCACAACAACCAGAGGAACGACCAUUCUCUCCGCCAAGGGCUGAAUGGGAUGCAUCCAGGGAACCGCCUCCGCGCCAUUCGCGACCCGAAGCAUUGAGCUUAGAAACUCAAACAUAUACGAUGUCUGAGGACACACAUCUAUUUCGUCCGCCGCCAUCGUAUCCUGAAGCUCCUAAGAAUAUGUGGUACGAGGUGCCUUCUGCGAAACGAGAACCUCGAAAACUUGCUCCAAUAUUUCCCUGGGAAACACGUGCCUCUAAGCCCACUCGAGUAUUUGCUGAAGAAGAAACUCGUGGCCCUUCGAUUAGCGGUGUCAUGGAACAUGAGCGCCAUCCCAAGCAAACUUUGUCUACUGAACAGACUUCACAUGUUGAGCAUAUUGAACAUAUCGAGCAUACUGAACAGACCCAACAGACUAAACAACCCGAGCAACCCGAGCAACCUCCAAAGGGUACAGCUACCACUUUCGAAUAUACCACUCCAAACUUCACCCCAGCAGAAUCUUGGGAGACUUUCUCAAGAGGAAAUGCAUGGGAUGAGGUUCCCGAGAUAAACAAAUAUGUCGACGCUAUACAGCAGCGAUCGAAAAAAGCAAACGGCCGCGGUGGCAAAGCAGGUGGCGCUAAAAGACCUGAAAGCCUCAAGAUCACAGACUUCCCGACGGAAGUCGAUAGGCCGAGUCUUCCAGUAACGCCAGCGCCGAUGCGCCGUACCUUUUGGGGAGGCCAAGAUGGACAGCAGGAAUCUAGCGAGUUUCCUGCUGCUGAAGGAGUUCCAAACCAGGGCGACUGGAACCCACUCGACCGACUGGAAGAGCUACGACAACGUCAGUUGAAUCUUUUCAUGACGACGAGUCCUCAGGGGCCAACAGAGUCGUCCGACGAGACUGAACAGCCGUCCGAAGCUGAUAAGUAA